UUUCAGUUGGGUUAUUUCUUUUUUAUUCUCAUUGAAUUUAUGAGCAUUAAAAAUGACCAUGACAUCAUAACAGGGAGUCCAGCUGUGACAAGAUGCAUAGCACAGACCUAUUGUCUAUGCCAAUGUGAUGGCAACUGACACAAUAGGCAUUUAAUCCACUAACACCCUUUAAAAGCCUUUCUGAAAUGAUCUGACCCAUGUUAUUUAUUAGCCUAUAAUUGUGUCUCCGCCAGGCUUAAAUCUUGUGCUUUUGUAGUAGUUGCUCUAGGCCUAUUUAAAGUUGGUGCUGUGAAAGUAAAUUAUUACUUAGACUACUUCAUUUCCCUUCACCCGGCCUUCCCACUGUUCCUAGCUCAGAUAUGGCUGCCAGCCAAAUAGGUUUUAAAAAACAAUGGCAAUCAAAUCAGUGACACAACCAGAGGAUGCAGUCAGAAACUUUUCCAUGCUGCUGGGAUAAGUUGUUUCAUUGUCAGCUACUGAUUGACCUGAAGUAUUUUGAAACUAAUGAAAAAGUUUUGUAAGAUUUCCAAAAAGUAUGUCUAUUUUUUUUUUUCUUUGGUCAAUCUAACUACUUCUCAUGAUUAUUACUACAGAUUGGGCCACGAGGUUAGCUAACAAUGCAGAAUGUAUCCAAUUCAUACUCAAGGUGCACAUUUUCUAAUGAAUUAAUCAAUUAAUCUAAUUAGCAAAACCAUUUGCAUUGCAUUCAGUCUAGAGGUCUGGGGCCUUGGGGGCAGUUGCCCUUCUUGCCUAGCUGCAAUAAAGCCUCGCCUGAAUGCUCUAUUGUACAAAUCCCAAAUAUAGUAUUCAAUGUCAUAAAACCAGAGAUAUGGUUUUACAUGGUUGAAUAACAUUAUAUAAAAAUACAUUCUAUCCAUCUUUCAAAAGGCAGGGAUGACAAUGCAAAAACAUAAAAAUAAAGAUUAUAUAAAAUGUAGAGCAAGAAGGAGAACGCCAACAACACCUCGUGCAAAGAUCACUUAUUCUGUCCUUCUGUGAUUUUAACCUUCAUGUAGCUGUGGUUGGAACAAAGUUGUAAGAAAAGUCAUGAUGUACAAGUAUUUUGAUGUCUUGAGAACGCCGGGGAAACCCAAACUGAGCAGGACGAGCAGGAGCUUGUUGAUUCAGCUCUGCUGGUGUCGGGUGGGAGGUUGCGGUCAGCUGAGGCAUAUGGUUGUAAUAAACGCAUUGUGGCGGUAACAACAGCAAACACACCCUGCUGGUCAAACGCUGAGGUCUUAUUUACAUUACACUCACGGCUCAGACUGAAAAGAAUCAUCUGACUUUUAGUCAUGUCGCCGUUACUGAAUGCCCUGCAAACGUGUAUUCAUCCCUGACACACAUGCAAAAAGUGGGAAAAAACUCCCCAAACCUGUGAUUUUUCUAAAUCACAUUGCAUCACUGGUCUAGUGCAAAUAGAGCUUUGGGUUAAUUCUGGCUAACUUGACUUGAGGGACCACUGGACAAUAUGUGGCUGAUGUAGACUGACAGACCGCUUUCACCUCAUUACUGUGGCUUCAUUCUCACAACAAAACACCAGGAAGUAGGUUAGAUUUGACAAUAAGACACAAAUCAAAUGCAUCCCGAACAACAGCACAGUGUCUGUGACUCCUUUUGUUGUUGGAUGGUCUCCAUGAUGACCAUCUUGACAACCUGAAAUUACAUCACCAUGACUGAACCUCUUUAUAAAAGUUGACACAGAGGUUGAAGCCUCCUGUCAGAUAAACUCAAACUAAAACGAUAGUGGAAAAGAAAAGGCUGAUGGAAAACUACACUUUAAACAGCUUUACCCUCCAGCUGGAAGGAUUGAAGGUCACUGAAGUUUCUGUGUACCCCGUGUUUUUCUUUUUCUUUUUUUCCUACCUGGUUAUUAUACUAGCCAAUGUGGGGAUUGUAGUUCUGGUUUUCAUUGACAGGAACCUUCACCAGCCGAUGUAUCUGCUGUUUUGCAACCUGCCAGUCAAUGACAUUAUUGGGAACUCUAUCAUGGUGCCUCGUUUGCUCUCCGACAUUUUGCUGCCUCCGUCUGAGCGUCUCAUCAGUUAUUAUGAGUGUGUAGUUCAGGCUUUUUCCACACACAUGUUUGGCACUGCUUCUCACACUGUGCUCAUGAUUAUGGCCUUUGACAGAUAUGUGGCCAUCUGUGAUCCUCUGCGCUAUGCUGCCAUAAUGACCAACAAAAUGGUGAUCAGGCUGACAGUUUCUGCCUGGGGAGUGGCCUUGGUUCUGGUCGGGAUUCUUCUCGGUCUGACCAUACGGCUGAACCGAUGCAGGACGAUGAUCACAAACCCUUUCUGUGACAAUGCCUCCUUGUUUAAACUCUCCUGUGAGAAUGUGUUUAUUAAUAAUAUCUACGGCCUCACCUUCACUGUCGUCCUGUUCACCUCUUCUAUAGGCACCAUGGUUCUCACUUACACAAAGAUUACAGUCGUCUGUCUGACCAGUAAGAACAAGUCUUUGAACAGUAAAGCUCUAAAGACUUGCAGCACUCAUCUCUUUGUAUAUCUCAUUAUGUUUUUAUGUGGGAUGCUCAUCAUCCUCCUGCAUCGCUUCCCUCAGUACUCAGACUACAGAAAACUCUCUGCCAUUCUGUUUCACAUCAUCCCCGGCAGCCUCAACCCCAUUAUUUACGGUGUGCAGUCUAAGGAGGUGCGGAAAUUCUUGUCAAAGCUAUUUGAGUCCAAGAAAACAGUGCCAUCGUAAUAAAGAUGAUUUCAAAGGUUCUGUCUAAACAAAUACAAUUCUUUUUACAUAUAUUCCACUCCAAAACAGUUUUGUUAUCAUGCUGUUGUCAAUACAAAUGUCAAAAAGUCAUUUAGAAAAAUGUGCUUGUCUGUCCUCACUUUUGAAGACGGGUGUAUUACUUAAAUAUUGACAUGGAGGCUGAUGGGUCAAGACUGUAUACAAAUAUUAAUAGAUUAUUGGCCUCUGAAUCAAAAUAUUUUCUCAAACAUUUUAUUGUGAUGAUGAUUCUGGUUUUUCUUCUAUAUCAUUUUAUUCUUGAUUUGGACGAUGCCCCUCGCCUCUCCUGUCACAUCUGCUUCACUUCUGCUGUCAUGCUUUAGUAUUUUUUUUAAGAUAAAAAAUGAAAUACAAUUAAAAGGAUUAAAUGAACACUCUCACUAUUGAUGACACUCACUAUCCACUUAAUACCAAGGAAAUAUCAUGCGUGUGUUUUGUGUGAGUUGUUC